AGGACGCACACUUUUCGAGAAAAAACGAAACAUGCACAUCUUGCGCCAGAUAGUUCACCAAAGUAUCGUCGAAGUAGCGAAGCGAUUUUGCCAACGAUUUUACGACAGAUCUCACGGCGAAGUCCAAGAAUUUUUCGGAAGUCUCCGCACGAUCGGACACCUGAAACUGAAACGAUGAUUCUUGCGAAUCCGUUAGUCUACUGCCCACCACAAGAAGCAGAAGAAGAAGGUGAACACGUUACACCAUUCAAUACCGAUCGUCCACCGUGCAGUCGGAGCACUACCGUCAAUAGUAAGAGCAGUUCACAAUUUUCAUCACUUGAAAGCAACUGUAAUACUGUGCAGCAAAAAGUGAAGUUUCAUAUGAUGGUCCGCGAAAUGUCAGAAACGGCAGUAGCCGACGCUCAACUGAAGGGCGAAGAGGAUGAACCUGCCGUGUCAGAAGAAGAGAGCAAACCGCUUUCUGUCUGCAUCAUGACGAAAUCGCAAUUACCAGAGACUCAGGAAAAGGAGUCGGAUGAGAAAAGACGCGCCUGUUCGGUAAAAUCGGUUGACUCGCAAGCUCCAUCGUUGAAAAGCGUCAGAAACGGUAUUGCCAGCAAAAUUGCCAAGAGAACGCAAAUCAAGCACGAGCAGAGUCUGAAACGAAAGGCUGAGUGGGAGGAGGGCUGA